UAUCACCGACGGAUAGACGUUGGCCCCAAUUUUGAAUCGCUCCAAACUAUCAAACACACCAUCACCUCAUUUCUCCCAUCUUUUAAUUAAUUGUUUUCCCUCCUCCAUAAUUUCACAGUUUUUUUUUCUUAGGAGUCUCCUUAAUUUCCCAGUUGUAGUUGUCGUUGUUAUUAUUAUUAUUUUGUCCCCGACCUCUAUAUAUACCGUAAAUAGAACCGUCCUCCUCCGCUUGGCUUCCCCAUCCCUGCCCCAUCUUCUCUCCUCCCCCUCCGGAUCGGAUCCCAAGGCCGAGAGAAAGUUUGUGUAGUAUCUGGGUUUGUCAACCAUACAACAAAUAAUGGGUCGUGGAGUCAGCAGUGGAGGAGGGCAGAGUUCGUUGGGCUACCUGUUUGGAAAUGGUGAAGCUCCCAAACCUGCUGCUGAGUUAGCUCCUAAGCCAGCUGCUCCACCACCAGUUGACAACAGCAAGCAGGUUCCAGCAGGGAUCCAAGGAUCCCAGACAAACAACUACUUUCGAGCAGACGGACAGAACUGUGGCAAUUUCAUUACGGAUCGACCUUCAACUAAGGUCCAUGCUGCUCCCGGCGGUGGUUCUUCCCUCAACUAUUUGUUCGGUGGGAAUGGCAACUGAUGGUAUUCCUGCUGUUUAAAACAGCGAGAAUGUCAGAAUUGUUAUGGCCGUUCAGCAGCUGUGUUCCGAAUGGACAAUAUUUGCUUAAUUGUGGUUGGUAAAAACUCUUUCUAUGUAUUAUAUAGUUUCAUGUGGGAAUGUUUUGGUGGAGGUUUGCUUGACCAAGUGAGUGUUUCUGAGAUAAGAAACAUGUAAUCAAUCAUUGUGAAGUGACUGAUGAAAGAGUAACUAUUGGAUGUUUCAUAUUUUGUGGACCAUCAGAAAUCGACUGUGAGACUCAAGCCAGCAGGUGGAUCAUCUAUUUACUU